AUGCUCCGUGGUGGUGGUAGGCACCUCUUCCCCACGGCCAUUGCUCUGGCCACAGAGGAGGCCCUGCGUGCCGCCUUGCCCCAGAGCGUCCCUUGCUCACCAACACCUCGUGUUUCAUCUUCCUCCCCAGGAAACGGCUACAUCGAAGGCAAAGAGCUGGAAAACUUCUUCCAGGAGCUAGAAAGUGCCAGGAAAGGGGCUGGCGUGGACUCCAAGAAGGACAACUUUGGGGAGAAGAUGAAGGAGUUCAUGCACAAGUAUGACAAAAAUGCAGAUGGCAAAAUCGAGAUGGCAGAGCUGGCUCAGAUCCUGCCCACGGAGGAGAACUUCCUGCUGUGUUUCCGCCAGCAUGUCGGCUCCAGCUCGGAGUUCAUGGAGGCCUGGCGGAGGUACGACACGGACCGCAGUGGCUACAUCGAAGCCAACGAGCUCAAGGGCUUCUUGUCAGACCUGCUGAAGAAGGCGAAUAGGCCCUAUGACGAGCCGAAACUGCAGGAGUACACGCAGACCAUCCUGCGGAUGUUCGACAUGAACGGAGAUGGGAAGCUGGGCCUCUCAGAGAUGUCCCGACUUUUGCCUGUGCAAGAAAACUUCCUUCUUAAGUUUCAGGGAAUGAAGUUGUCAUCAGAGGAAUUCAAUGCUAUCUUUGCCUUUUAUGAUAAGGACGGGAGCGGCUUCAUUGAUGAGAAUGAGCUGGACGCACUUUUGAAAGACCUGUAUGAGAAGAACAAGAAAGAGAUGAACAUCCAGCAACUCACCAACUACAGGAAGAGCAUCAUGAACCUCUCUGAUGGGGGCAAACUCUACCGCAAGGAACUGGAAAUUGUGCUCUGCAAUGAGCCCCCCAUGUAGAGUCCCCUGUGCUCCCUCUCCUCUUCCUCCUCCCUGGUCCUCCCCCUUCACCCCAUCACUGCGCCGAAAGAGAGCACGAAGAGGGGAUCACGGCUGCCGCAGUGCCGGCCGGGAGCUCUAUGCCCCCCUCGCCAUGCCCUCUGCCGAUGUUCGCCCACCUGCUUCUGCCUGGGGCCUGCCCCCCCCUGCGCGGGAGGGGUGCGCUGCAUGGCCUCAUCCACCCGUGGCCCCUUCCUCACCCUUACACGUUGCACAGGGGGCUAGCGCAGCUCUUCUUGGGUUUCUUCCCCUCUCCCUAGUUUGCCGUAGUUUGUUUUCCUGUUAAAAUCCCUGCUGCUGGCGUGAACUUUUAUUUUCCUCAUCGGGCUGGCUGGUUUUUGUGGGGGGGGGGAUCUUCUCAUUCGUUUGGUCUCUUUUGCGUUUUUAUUGUUUACCAAAGAACAGUUUACAAAUAAACUCAAGU